CUCCAAGCAAUGAGCACGGCGGAGGGACCCUCGAGAGGCACUGCUCUUUGGCCAGCACUCCGUCCAAGCAGCCCGCCCCGGGGGAAGAAGGGGGCCAGGAAGAGCAACAGCAGCAGGAAGGUGACGGGAAGCCUCUGUCCAGCGCCUGGCAGGCCGCUCUAGGGGCCACGUCAGCCAUGGAUAAGGAGAAACAGGAGAGGAAGCGGGUCGUCCGGAAACCUCCCAAGGUGGUGGAGAGGCCCGUAAGGGCCCUCUUCUGCCUCACUCUCAAGAAUCCCAUUCGGAAAAUCUGUAUAGACAUAGUUGAAUGGAAGCCUUUUGAAUAUCUUAUACUUUUAACCAUUUUUGCAAAUUGUAUAGCUUUAGCCGUAUUUACUCCCUUUCCUUAUGGCGACUCCAACACUGUAAAUGCUUAUCUGGAAAAAAUAGAAUAUGUAUUUUUGGUGAUAUUUACGGCCGAGUGCGUGAUGAAAAUCGUCGCGUACGGCCUUGUGCUUCAUCCUGGUGCUUAUCUACGAAAUACGUGGAACAUGCUCGAUUUUGUAAUAGUAGUUAUAGGUGUAAUCAGUACAGCCCUUUCCAACCUCAUGAAAGAAGGUUUCGACGUAAAAGCUUUAAGAGCAUUCCGUGUACUAAGGCCUCUUCGGUUAGUCUCUGGUGUACCAAGUUUACAGGUUGUGCUCAAUUCCAUUUUAAAAGCCAUGGUACCCCUUCUCCACAUCGCAUUACUAGUCAUCUUUGUUAUCAUAAUUUAUGCUAUUAUAGGUCUUGAACUGUUCUCAGGAAAAAUGCACAAGACCUGUUUCGAUAAUGUCACAGGACAGAUAGCGCUAGAAGAUCCCCAUCCAUGCGGGGAUGCCGGAUUCCAGUGCAAUGCAAGUGCCGGAGAAGUGUGUCGGUUGCACUGGGAGGGACCCAACCAUGGAAUCAUCAACUUCGAUAACUUUGGCCUGGCUAUGCUGACGGUCUUCCAGUGCGUCACCAACGAAGGCUGGACGAGCGUCUUAUACAAUGUAAAUGAUGCCUGUGGCAAUGCGUGGCCUUGGAUUUAUUUUCUUAGUCUCAUUAUAUUAGGAUCUUUUUUUGUUCUUAACCUCGUACUUGGUGUUUUGAGUGGAGAGUUUUCCAAAGAAAGAGAGAAAGCUAAGGCUCGAGGCGAUUUCCACAAACUUCGAGAAAAACAACAAAUCGAAGAAGAUCUUCGAGGUUAUUUAGAUUGGAUAACGCAAGCAGAGGAUAUUGAACCUGAUGAAGGUGCCAACCAAGAUGAAGAUGGGAGAUUAGAGCUCGAAGCCGACAAAUUAGAAGGAGAGGCAAGUAGUCAAGAAAAUAUAUCUUCUCCAUCGUGGUGGGAAGUAAAGAAAAGACAGUUUGAUCGUCACAACCGGAGAAUCCGCAGGGAAUGCAGGAAGUUGGUGAAAUCGCAAGCCUUCUAUUGGAUAGUCAUAGUGCUCGUAUUUCUGAAUACAAUCACACUCGCUUCCGAGCAUCACGAUCAACCGAAAUGGCUGGACCAUUUCCAAGAACAAGCGAACAUCUUUUUCGUAGCACUCUUCACGAUGGAGAUGUUCUUGAAGAUGUACAGUCUGGGUUUUCAAGGUUACUUCGUCAGCCUCUUCAACCGUUUCGAUUGCUUCGUGGUGAUCAGUUCCAUCCUCGAGAUGGUUCUCCUAUACACGGAUGUCAUGCCACCCCUCGGUGUAUCCGUGUUGCGUUGCGUGCGUCUGCUGCGAAUCUUCAAAGUAACCAAAUAUUGGACUUCAUUGUGCAAUCUUGUAGCGUCUUUGAUAAAUUCUGUCCGAUCGAUAGCCAGUUUGUUACUUCUGUUGUUCCUCUUCAUUGUCAUAUUUGCUCUGCUCGGUAUGCAAGUCUUUGGUGGCCGUUUCAACUACAAAGACUUGGAAGAAAAGCCUCGCCAUAAUUUUGAUUCAUUCGUCCAAGCACUUCUAACUGUCUUUCAGAUACUCACCGGUGAGGACUGGAACGAAGUAAUGUACGACGGCAUCAGAGCCUAUGGAGGAAUUGGCUCCUAUGGUGCUUUGGCGUGCAUUUAUUUCAUCAUCCUAUUCAUCUGUGGUAAUUAUAUCCUUCUAAACGUCUUCUUGGCUAUCGCUGUUGAUAACCUUGCGGACGCGGACAGUCUUACAGGUGUAGAAAAGGAAGGCGAGGAAGAGGAGGAGGGAGCAGAAGCCCCUGCCGAAGAGGGCGAAGGCGAUCAGGGCAGCCGGGAAGAAAUGGACGAUGAGAUGUGCAAACGAAACCGACGGAAAAGUGAGGCAGUCAAAUUGGACGGAGUGGCGAUAAACCAUGUUGCAUUUGCUCCAGAUAAAAUGAAUCAGGUUGAGAUAAGAAUCAAUGAAGAUGAUAAAGAGAAAGAGGAAGAUGGUGAGAAAGAAGGAGACGAAGAAGAAGAAGAGGAAGAAGAAUGCGAGGAAGAUGUGGGAUCUGCAAUCGGUUCUACAGGUGCCAGACCACGUCGGAUGUCUGAAUUAGAUAUGCCCAACAAAAUUCUUCCUAUUCCAAAUUACAGCUCAUUUUUCAUCUUUUCUCCAACGAAUAAACUUCGUGUUCUUUGCCAUCAAAUCAUCAACCACAGCUAUUUUGGCAACGCAGUGUUGGCCUGUAUCUUGAUCAGCAGUGCUAUGUUGGCGGCUGAAGACCCUCUGAGCUCGGAGACACCUCGAAACAAGAUAUUGAAUUACUUCGACAUCUUUUUCACCGCCGAAAUCACACUCAAGGCAAUCACGUACGGUCUCAUCCACAAAGGCUCAUUCUGCCGAAGUGCUUUUAAUAUAUUAGAUAUUCUCGUGGUGUCCGUGUCUUUAAUUUCCUUCGGUUUUGAUAAUGGUGCAAUUUCAGUAGUAAAAAUUCUUCGUGUUUUAAGAGUGUUACGUCCUCUACGAGCUAUCAAUCGUGCCAAAGGUCUAAAACAUGUCGUCCAGUGUGUCAUCGUAGCUGUCAAAACCAUAGGAAAUAUUAUGUUAGUCACAUUUCUUCUCAAUUUCAUGUUUGGAGUCAUUGGUGUUCAACUUUUUAAGGGCAAAUUCUUUUUUUGCAACGAUGGUUCAAAAUUGUUCGAGAAGGACUGCCAAGGAGAAUAUAUCAUCUAUCAAGGUGGAGAUAUCACAAGACCAGUUGCGGAACUAAGAAAGUGGGACAAAUAUCCUUUUAAUUUUGAUGAUGUGGCUAAAGCCAUGCUCACACUGUUUACAGUAUCAACGUUUGAAGGAUGGCCACAACUGCUCUAUGUCGCCAUUGACUCCCGCGAAGAGAAUGAGGGGCCUUACUACAACUACAGACCCAUGGUUGCCGUCUUCUUCAUUAUAUAUAUCAUCAUCAUCGCAUUCUUCAUGGUCAACAUCUUCGUCGGUUUUGUCAUCGUCACCUUUCAGAAUGAGGGAGAACAGGAGUACAAAAAUUGCGAGUUAGACAAAAAUCAGAGGAAUUGCAUCGAAUUCGCUCUAAAAGCAAAGCCCGUUCGACGAUACAUUCCCAAAGCAAGAAUUCAGUAUAAAAUAUGGUGGUUUGUGACGUCACAGUACUUUGAAUACACAAUAUUUGUUUUCAUCAUGGUGAACACUCUGACGCUUGCUAUGAAGUUCUAUGAACAACCAAAACUUUAUACGGAUGUUUUGGAUGUGCUAAAUAUCGUGUUUACUACUAUAUUCGCCCUGGAGUUCGUACUGAAGCUGAUGGCAUUCAAGUUUAAGAACUAUUUUGGAGAUGCAUGGAAUGUGUUUGAUUUCAUCAUUGUUCUUGGUAGUUUUAUUGACAUCAUUUACGGUGAAGUUAAUCCGAAUUCUGGUAUUAUCAGCAUCAAUUUUUUUCGUCUUUUCCGUGUCAUGCGACUUGUAAAGCUGUUGAGCAGAGGUGAAGGUAUACGAACCUUGCUGUGGACAUUCAUCAAAUCAUUUCAAGCUCUACCCUAUGUUGCUCUUUUAAUAGCUAUGCUCUUCUUCAUUUACGCAGUUAUCGGUAUGCAGGUUUUUGGAAAAAUUGCUUUGGACGACAAAACGGAGAUUCAUCGCAACAACAAUUUCCAGACUUUUCCUCAAGCAGUUUUAGUGCUAUUUAGGUCGGCAACAGGAGAGGCGUGGCAAGACAUUAUGAUGGCCUGCGUGAACGAUGAAAAUGUGAAAUGCGACAUGCGUUCUGAUGACAAAGAUAAACUGUGUGGCACUGACAUUGCCAUACCAUACUUUGUUUCCUUCUACAUUCUUUGUUCUUUCUUGAUCAUCAACUUAUUCGUGGCCGUCAUCAUGGAUAAUUUCGACUACUUGACGCGAGACUGGUCUAUUUUAGGUCCUCAUCAUCUGGAUGAAUUUGUUAGGCUGUGGUCUGAAUACGAUCCUGAUGCCAAAGGAAGAAUAAAGCAUUUGGAUGUUGUCACGCUGCUUCGGAAAAUCUCACCACCGUUAGGUUUUGGUAAGCUGUGCCCUCAUAGAGUGGCUUGUAAGCGAUUGGUGUCUAUGAAUAUGCCCCUGAACAGCGAUGGAACUGUAAAUUUCAAUGCAACGCUUUUCGCUGUCGUUCGGACAUCGUUGAAGAUCAAAACGGAAGGUAACAUAGAUGAAGCUAACGAGGAACUCAGAGCGAUAAUCAAAAAGAUAUGGAAAAGGACAAAUCCAAAACUUCUUGAUCAAGUAGUUCCACCUGCAGCGGAUGAAGAUGUGACCGUUGGCAAAUUCUAUGCCACCUUCCUCAUCCAGGACUAUUUCAGGAGGUUCAAGAAAAGGAAAGAAGAGCGCGAGAAAGCCAUUGGAGAUGGAACAGACGAGGGCACAGUCGCUUUACAGGCCGGACUUCGUACCCUUCAUGAAGCCGGACCCGAGCUUAGAAGAGCUAUAUCCGGCAACUUGGAAGAAGAUGAAUUUGACGAUGGUCCAGAUAUUUUACCAAUGCACAGGAGAAACCAUAUGCUGUUUGGAAAUAUUUGGGGAAAAGGCAAAGGCCAGCAAGGUCUGAGGACUCAUGCCGCCAAUGCUGCUCGAUCUCAUGCGAAAAUAUCACCUGCCAACACCUUGAACAUGGUGAGUCCUCGCCAUGCGAUGACACCAAACCACUACGUACUCGCGGGAGACCGCGAUAUGCAGUCCAGGUUUGCGCCCAUACCUGCUCUGGCGGUAGCUGGACUUACGCCGGAUGGUGACAUCAGACACUCUCCUCAAAUGGAUAGAGUAAAUCAUGUACCUCUUCACAGAGCUUCCUAUCACGGCCAUAGUAAGUAUGUACCAGAAAUGAAUGGCAUUGAAGUACCCAACUAUAUGCAGAGGGCAAAUCCAGAUGAGAAGAUUAUUGGUAGUGCAGAAAAUUUAGUUGGAAGGGUUCUUCAAGAGCAAGGUUUGGGCAAAUAUUGUGAUCCAGAGUUUGUGAAAGCUACUCAGAGGGAGCUCGCGGAAGCCAUUAAUAUGACUCCAGAGGAGUUGGACAGGGCGGCCCAUAGACUCCUUCAAGCCGAGAGUCGCAGUAGCAACCCUUAUCUUUACCAGCCAAUCAGUUCCGAAGAGGACAGCCCAUACCAUGUGCCAAAAACUGGCCUUCGAUCAAAUGAAGGCUUUCUCUUGAGCUUACAAGAAGAUAACAGACCUCAUAGUCAACAAAACUACCAUACGGAGAGUGUCUGGGACAAUAAGCAUUUUGGAGACACUAGGUUAUAGCAUUUUAAUUGAAUUUGUACAUUAAAUGGACAGUUCUUUCAUACCCGUCCUGUUCCGUGUGCAUACCAAGCGAUGCUCUUUGAGCAUCCUCAUUAUAGGGAAUGAGGGCCGAAGUUAUGGACUGUCUUCGUAUCCAGUGCCUUCUACAACCUCUUAUUAAGGGAACAGACCAGAAACCUGUUCAGUCCCUUAUCUGUAUAUUUAUGACUUGGAUCCUCUUUUUCAACACAUUUAAUUAAAUAUUGCCUGAAAGGAAAGAUGGUGUUGGGAAAUGCAAUCCAUUUAUUCCUGCGGAAUCUAAAGAUUUCGGCCCCUAACUACCCCGAAAUUUCCGUUUCAAGUUGUGAAGUUACUGAUAGCUCUCCUUCCCAUUAGAAAAUGCUUUUCUUAUGUAGAGUUUUGUUUGAUCAUAUUGUGAAGAAUGUGUUUCUCAUUUUUCAUUUGCUUUUAAAUAUAUUUUACACAGAUUUUAAAGCUGCAAGAACUGUUAUUGGCUUCCAAAAUUAUUUCACGAUUUUCUGAUACUGAAAUUUCGCAUUGAAACUUAAUCAGCUCCAAAUCAACUGUGAAGCUAUACUUUUGAAUGUAUGUAUGUGUGUGAAUUAUGUAAUAAUUCAUGUAUGUGCAUAUACAUAUGUAUGUAUAAUAUACAUGUAUGUAUAAUAUACAUGUAUAAUAUACAUGUAUAAUAUACAUGUAUAAUAUACAUGUAUGUGCAUAUACAUAUGUAUACAUAGAUUUGCAUGUAACUUUAUCACACACGCAUGUCAAUAUCUAAAAGCAUAUGAUAUGCAAAAUAUUCGCAUUUUUUAAUCGAAUUGCUAAUGAUUGAGUCCAGUUAUAAAACUUACCCUCGCUUUGGAAACCAAAAUGCCAGUUUUUAUUCAUUUUUAUAUGUCUUUUUACUUAUUACCUCAUUUCUAAGUGGAACUUAUUAUAGUGUUUCUCCAGCAAGGAUCUUUGCAAUCAUUUUGUCGUCAUUCUUUUUUAAAGUCAUUUGCAGUGAAUCAGUUUUAAUUAUUAUACAUUAUCGGCUUGGAGAAAUCGGAGCUAAUUACAAAAAUAAAAUUUUCACUAGAUUUUCAAAUAAAAGUUUCAUGCUGUUUGAAUAUUUUAUAGUUCUACACGUGCUUUGUUCUGUCAAAUUGCUUUCAUUUCUUCGCCUUAAAUAUAUACAGCAGUUUUAAAAAAAUUCAAAAGCAUGAACUUACACAUCUCUGAUAAAACAGGAUUUCCCUUCAAACAUUCAUCUGUGAUAGAAUUGAAAAUGCUCAAGGUUUGCAGUAAGGUUGAAAAUAAUUGAAAAACUGUACUGUCUACCUUAUCUUUCCUGUUUCACCAUGCCAAAGAUAUGAUAGCUUCAAAAUCAUCUAAAAAUUCGUCUACUCAAAACGCUCAAUAUUUGUUUAGGUAGUUUUUUAACAGUAAUCUCUAUCCCACAUAAUUGUCAUUUAUUAGUAAAACUGCGAAAACUAUCGUAAUUAUUUAAAGAGAUAAGAACAUUAUCUCCUUAAACAAUUCUCCCUAGAAAAAUAUUUUGUCAGGAAAAGUAGAUUUUUGUAAGUUCCUUAUACACGAUUAAACUCGAUCAAUAUUUCCUGUUGAAAUUUUAGAGAACUGUUGCAGUUUAACAUAUUUUUAUCUAUUUUAAUUGCCUUAAAGUUAUAUAUUACAAAUUUUUCUCUCGCCAUUUUUAAUAAACUCCGUGUAUCCAUCAAUUCUACAAUUGAAUAAAAUAAGAAAUUAUAUUAUGUAUUUUCAGAUUUCUUAAAAUUCACAGAAGACAGAUCCUGUGAUCUAUCUAAGAGAACAAAUUUUGAAUCAUCAGAAGAGUCAAUCAAAUUUUCUAGAACUGUUGGUAGAUUUGUUAGGAGUGGUUGAACAAAGACAUAUGUUGUACUCUUGAAAUUUUAAUUUACAUAUAUUUUUAUUAGUUCUUCCUUUGUUGCGCUGGAUGGUCCGCCCGUUUUACUGUGUUCGAACAGAAGUUUCCAAGCAGCGAAAAUCUUGUUGAAAUGAAUGUGCCUAACCAUGCCUAUUUAUAUAAUAAUUCAUGUAUAUUCCGUUGUUGCAUGUAAUAUUAGAAAAAUAUGUUAAAAUUAAGAAUUGUCUCUUGUAUAUGCGUUAUUUGUUGACCAGUUUAGAUCUUUGUCAUGACUUUAGAAAACUUAAAAUUUCGGCCCCUUAUUUCUCACAUUUCCUGUUAUUAUUCGCUUUCCGAGUUAACAGUAUGAUUUUUGUUGUGUAUUUCCUAUUUCAUUUCUAUCAUUCAUUUCUGUUUGUGAGAAUCUCUUAAAUUUUUAUGUGAAAAAAAAUUAUGAAAUUUUUAAACUUUCAAUUUAGUAGUAUUUUAAUGAAUUAAUGUUUUAAAUAGAAUGCUUUAUUUUUAUCUGUUCAUAUUGAAUAUAAAUAGAAGAUAGUUUUUAAAAAAAAUGAAAAGAUCUUUUUUGGUAAGUUUUUAAUUGCUUUAGGAUUCAUAAAAUUGUAUUCAAAUUUAUAGUUGUAGCUUAACGAAGACUUUUUUAUGUUCUUAACUAACACCAGAAUAAAAUAAACCAAAGAUUUAAUUUUUGUGAAAGAUUUAAUCUCAUAAGGUUUCUUUUAUUUCACAGUAAAUUAACGUUUGCAGUGCAAACUGAAUUCUGUGCAUAUGUAUUAUUAUGGUCUUUAUUUGAAUCAUGUAUGUAAAGGAAACUUGUCUUCAUAUCUAUUAAAUAUAUUUCAGAAACUCUUA